AUGGCGCAAGAACGAGAAGUGGAGUUUACCGUGGUCGGACCGGCGGGACAGGAGGUCGGCAAGUUCUGGUUGGAUUCCGCGUCCUUGUGUGGUUCUCUGAAGUUGCAGAUCGAGGAGAAGGUAGGUCCUCCACCUGCGACGCAGCAGAUCGCCAUUGGAGAUCGGAUGCUCGAAGACACGGAUCCUUUGCUGGAGAAGGAUUCGGCGGCAGACUCCGUGCAUGUGACGCUCUUGCUGCGGCUCCCUGCUAGCGGGUCCGGGCUCGAGGCUCUCUGGAAGGCUCUCCCUGGCGCGGGCGGAUUCCUGGAAGAGCUCUUCAUCUCCGAUCAUGGAGAUGAAGAGCUCGUGCUCCCCGACCGCCGCAUCCGGACAUGUGGCCUCGACCCGGACUCUGGUUUGCUCCUGCUCAUGCGCGAGGGCGCCGUGCCAGUGUUGCAAAGGACUCCCGCAGGACUUCCCGGUCCCAGGGCUAAGGCUAAGGCUGCCGAAGACCAAGGAAGCUGCCUGUCCGAAAGCGAGGAGGAGGUUCCCGGCCUGUGCAAGGGCAAGGGUAAAGGCAAGCUUAUCAGCCCUCGACGCUGCCUUGCACCGGGAUCGCUAAUCAUUGUGCGUUCCGAGGGCGAGCCUGUGGAGGUGGCCCUGGGCUUUGAUCACCCGCUGCACUGCGACACGGAGAUACUUGCAGUUGAAGCGGUGCAGGGCUUUCCGAUCCCUUCCUUCGGCCUUGCCGUGGCGCGAGUAUUUAUUGGCAGCAAGGUGCACCUGAUCUCAAUGGAGCUAUGCCCUGCGGCCAUCAAGUGGCAGCGCUUGACAGCGUCAGGCACCAGAUGCGAAGCUGCGUGCUUGGACAGGGAGAACCUGCGAACAAUAUUCGUUCAAGCGGGUCCUGCCGGGCGCGACGUGGUGUUCACACAGCUACGGGCUGCCAAGGCGCUUGAACAGAUUGACAAGUUUCAUUUGACUGGGGAGCUAUCGGACAAAAUGGUGAGCAGCGUUGCAUGGUCAAGCACUUCGUCUUCUCUUCUACUUACCUUUGUUGGCGAGCAUGCAAUUCGGGUGUUCCGAAAAAUCGGAUCUGUUUGGCAAGCUGCUACCACACUUGGAGAUCCAUCACGGCGAGGUUGCGCAGAUGGCGAGGCUGAUCAGCUUAUGUUUUGGUUCCCAAAAUGUGACAACUUUGAUGGAGAGCUGACAUAUUCUCGCCCGCUCAUUGCAGGUCCGUCUGGUGCAGUUUUCGUGCACUCCGGUGGAGCGCUGAUGCGCUUGGCGGCCAAUUUGUCCUCUGCGAUCAAAGCUACGUCAAUGAGGGAGGAGCUCUGGAUGCUGGACGAUGAUGAAGGUACCCCUGAGUAUCCCUACCCUUACAAUGUGUGCGGGGUUCAUAACGACAAGAUGUACAGGGCUUUGCGCCAGACAGACUACAGAGGGGGGCUCCUCGUUCGCCGGCUGCAACUGUCUCCAGAUCUGAGGCAGGGCCGCAGUCGCAUCCGAGAUACUGCUCCGGCGCUAUGGCCUAGCAUCACUGAGAAUCGCGUCAUGGACGCUGCUUUCGUCGAUGCUCAGAAUCACAUGUGUCAGAGAGCCUUGCGGCCAGUUCGCUAUUACGAGGAAGACCGUGACAAGUGGGAUGGAAACCCCCGGUGGCUGGGCGACGGGUGGCUUUGGCGGAAGACCGAAAUUCCGGAAGACGUCCGAGUCACCUCUCUUGGCCGACUCACUGACUUUGCGCAGUGGCGGCAGCGAAAGCAAUGGGAAGAGGAGGCGGAGGUCGGCUUUGGCAAGGGCGGCAAGGGCGGCAAGGUUGGCGGCUACCAGGAAGACCCUGUGGAAGAUCCUGCCAAGGAACUCGGAUACAAGAACCUCUUCGAAAGUGAGUGCCGGAGGCUUUCCGCCAGCUCGACCUAA